GUGUUUCAUUUGAGCGAGCCGCAGCCGCUGGGCUCGCGCAGGCGCUGAGCUCACCGAGAGAGUAACUGUGGCACUCGUAUACAAAGCCACAGCUCGACCUGACACAUUUACCUGCAUGGGAGACGUCACGACUUCAAAAAUGAGCAGUUUGGCCGCGUCCAAGGAAACAUACGCGGAUAGAACCAGCUCUGAACCUGUGGAGGACACAGACACCACCAGCUUUGUGACAGAGUUUUCCUUGGAGGCCAAUUAUCCUGUGCAAGUGACAGAUCCUCAUGCAGAUGCUGUGACCCUCCACCUGAGCUCCAUGCCUUCAGAAUUCCUGAGCCCCUCCUCAAACAGAAUCAAACAGCCAGUUGAAGAUGUUGAAGAGUGCAUCUGCUCAUCAACAUCUACUUCAGCUGACUACCCUAAAGAAUUGCAGAUACUAAACAGCCCCUGUGAAAACUGGUGCAGCUCAGCACCGCCUCCUAAGAUCAGUGACCUCAUGAAUGACAAAGAUCUCUUGGACUUACUACGGCUCAAACUGGAUCCAAACCACUGCACCAUCAAAAACUGGAAGAACUUCGCAAGUCGUUGGGGAAUGAGCUACGAUGAACUCACCCUGCUGGAGCACCGGACCCAGGGCUCCUUAUCCUACAGCCCCACCCAGGAGUUUCUGCUGCGCUACAACCAGAAAACUGUCACAGAGCUUACAGAACUUUGCCGCAUCUAUCAGCGCAUUGAUGUGCUAAGACUGCUGCAGAGUUGGAUAGAGAAGGACUGGCCAUCACGGUGGCAACAGACUAGUUAAUCAGUUUGAUUGCAUACAUAUCAUGGCUGUCUUCAGCAUCAAGAACUGCUUCAUGUGAAACUAUAUCUCCCAGACAAUAUAGCAUUGUGAUGUAUGUCUGUCGGUCUAGGCUGAAAUCAUGUAACAUCUAGCUUGAAGAUCUAGAAUUGACUGUGUCUCAGACAUAUGCCCUAAUAACUUCGUUUUUACAAUGCGAUUUUGAGCAAAUUAUAACCAAAAUGGAUUUUAUGAACAUUUAUGUCUCUCAAAAUCUCUCAAAAAUGGUAAUGCCCUGAUGUUUUUAUAUUGCAAUAAUUUUCUUGAAAUUGAAUUUGUCUUAUAUAACACUUUUUGUCUACCAAAUACAAAAAUAUUUUUAUUCUUAGAUCUACUUUGUGCCUAUUGCUAACUAGCCUGUUGGAGCAUGGAAACACACCCAACUGCAAGUAAACAUGAAAACAUUACACCUGCGAAACCUCACCAUAUUGUCAUCAUAGUGUACUUAAGUACAGCCAGCUGAACACACUUACGCUUUUUAAUGUGCAUCUGACCAUGUGUUCAUGACAAUAUACAGUAUGUGUGUACCUGUAGUAACAUGGUAUUUAUUUUUGGCAGUAACACGUAUAUUUGUGAAAUAUGCAAAGCAUGUUAUGAAACAAGAUUUGAGUAAUAAUCUAUUUUGCUGUGUCUCAUUUACUGUGGUUCUGUUGUCCUGAGUGGAGACAUUAGAAUGGAGGAAUGUGUUGGGUAUUAAGUAUAGCAGGUCUUAAAAAAUGUUUUACAUCGUUUAAUGUCUUUUGUCAUUCAGUGUUUCUCUUCUCUACAAAAUUUUUGUUUGUCUUUGAGAAAUAAACACAUCAAAAUCAAUACAAUUCUUUAGUAUUUUUUAAGUUUUGCUAUCAAGACACCUGUGAAUACCUCUUAUGACGUAAGAAAUUUCAAGGUUCCAAUAACUACUAUAGGCAAAGGCAUGUUAGAAAGAAAUAAUUUUCUACAUCUCCCAUUUAUUAAUUUCAAUUAUUUGCUCUCUGAUGUAUAAUGCCUUCAACAUUAAAGGGGGGUGGACACAGCUAUACAAAAUAGUUUACCCAAAAAAGUACAGGGAUCACUGACAAGCAUCAAACAUUUUUAAGCAAACACUAUGCUGAUUAU